UGUGUUUUGGGCUCAUGAGGAAAAUUCCAUCUAUCUCCCCAAAAGAAGCAAACCAGAGUGACAUACAAAGAAGCAAUGGAAGCUAAUAUCCAGCUUAUGAGAGUUAUCCAGGAAAUGCAGGCAGAGAUCCACAAACUGGAGAAAGAGAAUCAAGCCCUCCGGAUGAAACUCACUGCAAGUGGUCAGAGAGCCUCAGGCUCAGGGGGAGAAUCAGGAGAUGAAAGGGAUGAGGAAGCUCCAGGACAGUCUCCAGCAGCCCUUCAGGGUGCCGUUUGCACUGAUGCAGCACCAGCAAUGCAGGAACGCCAAGGCAAUGUCAUGAUUGUUAGACGCUAUUCCGUUUCCUCACCAGUUUGCUCGUCUGCUGUAAAUGAUCCCUGGAAAGCUGGGAAAAGAUACCCAAAGAGCAGAAUUCUAGAAGCUCAGGGAACUCUUAAGUCACUGGCAUGUUCUCCAAUUAAGAAGCAAGACUCAGAAGAAAAGGUGUUUGCCGCAGAGUCUUUCUCCAGCAUUAGUACCAGCCAAAGAGCUUCUCCUGAGCAUGUUUUUGGUUGCAGGGACAAGACAAAGACAGUCAGUUUCCUGUUACCCAUGGACAUGUCUUCAUAUUCCAAAAAUUCAAGUUCUUUGAAAUACUCACCAAAUCAGACCACAAACCAGCUAAGUAUCAUUGCAGAAUAGGUUAUGUGAGGUGAUGAAAUGUAAGAAACAGUUGAUUCUUAAGAGAUAGGAGCAUCAAGAUCUAGCUGGGUCAGGGUCUUUCCCUAUAAAGAACUCUG